GAAGACAACAAAGGCGUGUCCCAUCAAUUGUUUGCAUUCACGGAAAGGUGGAGCCACAAAGAGCAGCUUAAAGGAUAACUCCACUUGACAGCAGUCAUACACCUGCACCGAUGAGUCUCAGUGAAAGCAUGCAGGGCUUCUAGCUCACACUGCCAGACAAGGGUUAAGCAUCUGGAUCUCUACUGAGACUCGCUGGACCACGAUAACCUUGAGCAGAGAGCUUUUCCUGAAGCACCUUGAUACUGAACUGAGCACUGGUGCAGUAACUGAAAUGCCGCCAGAGUUGACAGAGACUCUGUCCACUAGCAACUCUGUCAAAAUGCUGGCCAUUAUGAAGCAAUGGGAGGAUGGAUCUGGCUGUCAGACAGACAACACUGAGAAGUAUCUGGUGCUUCUGCUUUUCAAGUUGGGACUGGACGCAGUGGUUUUUUACCUGUGCUGCCGGAAGCUGCAUGCCUCCUUUUUAAGCCUGUGUAGCAUGUCCAUCGUCCUGGCUGAUGUGUUGGUGGCAUGUUGUAUGGCAGCCGUGUGGUUUCUUGGGGCUGAAAGGUCUCCUGUGUCAGCCUGCCUCUUUUUGGCUCAUACUUCAGCAACAUUUGGAGCACUAACACUACCCAUGAUGUGCCUGGGUUUACUAGACUACUGUAUAGAAGAUACCAACAUUGGCAGGCAGAGCACCUUCUGCAAAUUCCUCAGGAACAUGGUCUUGACAUUGCUGGUGUGGACGCAAGCUGUUAUUUACUCCCUCAGUUCUGUGAAAGCUAAGAUGGUGGAACUGGAUUAUGUGACAGGGAUAAAGGCCGUGGUGUGUGAAGUAGAGGAGUCCACACUGGUCCCGUACUUUAUUUUGGGGCUUUUCACCACAGUAUUUUUUACAAUGCUGCCCUUUUGCUCAAGAAUUACCCAGUGGGUGAAAGAGGCUGACAGGAUAUCUGAAUUGAGGGAAGAGCAAGAGAACCAGGGGAGUGAUUUGUUCAUCUCAACCCCCUCCACAGAGACAAAGAGCAGCAAGGAGUAUUACCUGGAGACCACCCAGCCACGACCACCUCUGUGGUUCAGCCUAACUCUGGGCUUUACUACAAUCUGGAUGCCUUAUCUUAUAGUAUCUGUGGCUUGUCUGGUCUUAGGCUAUGGAGUACCAGCCUACAUCAGUGUUAACCUUCUUUGGUUGGAGUGCACCAACAGUUUACUGGUGGUUGUGGUGCUCUGGUUAAAGAGCAAGUGGCUUGGGCCAUACAGCCAACUACCAGAAAAUGUGUGUUUAUUCCACGUUUACUGGCAUUUGAGCAAAGGAACAUGGCAGCAGCAGCUCCCUACAGGUGUGUUUAACCCGUCAAAACGGAAGAGAAGCACUCUUCUCUACGUGUAACAGACCAGACCUGACAGCCUAUGCUGAAAAUGAAAACCAUGAUGUGAGGGAGUGAAUUAAGACUUCAUGAGAAUGACCAAGCCUCUAUGAGCAGUUCACCUAUGCUUUGACAGUCAAAAAGCUGCAUCCCUCAUCUCUCCAUCAGCACAUGCACAAGUUCCCUGGAGCAAAGAAUUAAACAGGAAAACAUUGACAUGAAACUGUGACUGGACUUCUAAAUGUCAUUCUUUGAAGAGUUAAGCAGCAAAGUAAAA